GGAAGCAGUAGACUCGGCUGCUCUCCUGUCGCUGCUCUCUCUGGUCUCCAUACAGUUUCGGGCAGACUUGACUCCAGCAGACUUCAGAAUGCCUUUCGUCGACAUUCAGAGUAACCUGCCGGCCAGCUCCUUCUCGGAGGACUUCCUGAAGAAGCUGUGCUCCUGCACCGCUGCUGCUCUGGGGAAGCCCGAGGAGAGGAUGCACCUGGUGGUGCAGCCCGGGCUGCCCAUGCUGGUAGCCGGCUCCUGCUCUCCGUGUGUCAUUCUGUCAGUGUCUGCUAUCGGUGUGACCGACACCGCUGACAAGAACAAGGAGCACAGCGCCAAGAUCUUCGAGUUCCUGACCAGAGAGCUCAGUCUGACUGCAGACAGGAUUACCAUUCAGUUCCACGCGCUGCAGCCUCACCAGGUGGGGAAGAAGGGGACCGUCAUGAGCUUCUUGUAAAAGAUGUUUCUGUGGUGGAGACGUUACACAAUGUGAUUCAUGAAAGAAGUAAAGACAGCAUAAAUCAGUUCGAAACAAACACCAAGUAAAAGACAGUCAUAUUAAGGUCAGGUACUGUAUUCAUGUAAUACCCAGGCGAGCUGUCUAGUUCAUGUUUUAGACAUCUGCAGUAAAACAUGAUGUUGAUAACUUCUAUUUUUAAUAAUUAAAAGACCUGUUGCUUUUGUUACUAUCCCUGAAAUCACUUGUGUCACAUAUUCUUGUGUCACAUAUUGCUGAAUGUCGGUAUUGUACUGAGAGUUUGGACUCCCAUUGUAAUCUAAUCUAGACAUUAACACAAAGUAAAAUGCUAUAAACUGAUUUUCAGUUUGAUGGUUGCCAACACUAAGAUCUUCCUAACCUGUUAUCCAGUCAAUUUAGUUUAGGAUGAACCUUUGUACUCUGUUGAUGGGAUUGAAACAAGUUCACGAGUAAUGCAUUACCUAUACAAAGUUUGUAUCCCUCUAUUACCCAGAGGGGGUUAGUUUGAAUAGUGGCAUUUUAUUUGAAACACAAUAAACAAACAUUCUUAAUCUUUGAA